AUGCCUGACGAUGUGGUCAUCGUUCCUGCCUUUGGGACGACCCUUGAAGUAGAACAGGCGCUCAAAGCGCGCGGCGUUACCCUCACAUCCUAUAACACGACGUGUCCAUUCGUUGAAAAAGUUUGGCGGCGGAGUGAGGAAAUCGGAAAGCAGGAUUACACAGUCGUUAUCCACGGAAAACGCUACCAUGAAGAGACCCGGGCGACAUUUUCCCAUGCACAAGCGGGGGCUCCGGUUGUCGUUGUUCGUGACCUUUCGGAGGCUCAGGCUUUAGCCAAGGUGAUAUCGGGUGAAAAAGAUACCGCGUUCUUCUUUGAAAAGUUUGCAGACCGAUUCUCUCCGGGUUUUGAUCCCAUUGUCCACCUCAAGCGCAUCGGUGUUGUCAACCAGACAACGAUGCUUGCCACCGAAACGCAGGCAAUUGCCGACUUACUACGGGAGACGAUCAGGACGAGGUAUGGGGACACUGGGGACGCUGAUAUAGGGGCACAUUUCGCGGAUACGAGAGACACGCUCUGUUAUGCCACUAAGGAAAACCAGGACGCAACGCUCGCACUCAUUGCUGAUGGUGGAGACAUUGCGGUUGUCGUUGGCGGUUAUAACUCAUCGAAUACGAGCCAUCUCGUGGAACUUUGUCAGCAACGUCUCCCGACGUAUUUCAUUCGAGAUGCAGACGAACUGCUGAGUCCGAAAGAGAUUCGACACCUUGAGUUGGAAACGAAACAGGUGAAGACCACAAAGGAUUGGCUUAUUCAAAAAAGCAGUCAGCAAAAUAGCCAUCAGCAGUCGUCAGUCCCUUCACCAGAAAACCUCUUAACCGAUAACCGACAACCGACAACCGACAACCAUACAACUGACAUUGUGUUGACGGCUGGUGCGUCUUGUCCUGAUGUGUUACUGGACGAGGUAUUACAGAAAAUCGUCGGAUGGUUUCCGAAUACCCGCUCCGUAGAAGAAGUCUUGGAGAGUUAUCAGGAUAAAUAUUAA